ACUCUGGGUGGGGGGAGUCCCAGAUGCAGAGGGUAAGCUGGCCCUGAGGGAGGGAGGAGUGUGAGGACCGAGUCCGAUGCUGACCAGGGUGUGAGUAGCUGUGGAGCCUCAGGGGCGCUAUAGCCUGUCAGUCACUGGGUCAUGGAAGGAGCUGCAGAGAAGCGAGACUGAGACAGAAGGUCUUAGGUACUCUGCCGGAGGGUGGGUGUUGAGCCCCCUUUUGCCUCUGCUACUAGUGUUGAAUAAACCAAAAUAUGAACUCAUUCUGAUUCAACGUGCAGACUAAAUCAUGUUACAGCAAACAUCAGAGAAUAUAACAUUCACAUUCCUUUCUUAUCCUGGAGUUUUGCUGGUAGUCAUAAGUGCCGUCCUGUCCUGUGCUUUCACACUUGGGGCCCAUGGUCUCCCAUAACCCUGCAGCAGCCCUCUGAUAGAGGUGUGGUCACCGCUCUGCUUUAAAGAGGAAACAGAGGCACAGAGAAAGGUCAGCAUGGAGAACUCUAGCAGGCAUGUCCCCGCCCUGCAGGGAGCAGCAAGUCCUAUCUCUUCCCUGGGCUGGAGGAGCAGCCCUGGGAGGCGGAGGACUCCUGAGGCAGGCUCUUGCUCAAUGCUGAGACCAGGCCCAGGCCAGCCUUCCCUGUGGGGGGUGACAGGAGGACACCUUAGGCUGGCACCUGUGUUUGAAGUUCCUGCCUCUGGCCAGUUCCAAGCAUGGCCUUUAAACUGACCCCACCAGGAUUUCUGAAGGAGCAGAGGUAAUUCCAAGACUUGAUUUUCUAUUAGCUUCUCUGAACUCAGUUCCCCUCAUCAGGGAAAAGAGUCUGCCCCCGCUUCGUGGGUGCCUGUUAGUGGAUCUGCGCUGUGGCACAACCCACCUCCCAGGCACCUCAGCCAGACCAUAGGCCUAUGGUUCACACCAGGGCACCUUGUGCUCCUCAAACACGUAGUACAACAGUUCUCAAGGGUCCCCUUUGGUCUUUAGCUGUUUUGCAAGAAUCCAGCAGCACGGUCUGCAGAGACCGCCUUCUUCCAGCUUUGCCUGCAACCUGGGCGCUGCUGGGGUUGGCAGGCAGGCCCCUACCGCCUGGCGCACGGUUUAACCACCCUCCUCCAUGUGGUGUUGCAUGCCGCCCAUGGCCCUUUAAUCAGAAGGGGCUCUGGAAGCCUUGCUCUGGGUCUGUAUCCUUGUCCCAAAGGGUCAGAAUGGACGUAAUGACAUCCACCAGACUGCAGGAGAAAAAACCAACCACAGCCGCAGACUGAGCUUUGUGUGUUCUAGGAUGAAUUUGUGCUUUUCUUCGCCCCACCGCCUCUGGAGCCAGAAGCCUUCCUGAGCAAACACCUGUCCCCACUCCUCCAAUUUUGCUUUCUGACAGCAAUGUUAUUGUCCUCAGUGACCUAAACCUUGGGGUGUGGUAGGAGGUGUGCUCAGGUGAGGCGGUGGUGCAGAGGCACUUGGUUACCGAGCCAGCCAACUCCCAUCCUCAGCCCCUCCCCCUGUGGCCUCUGGGGCAGGGAGAGGUUCUCGGGGGUCCUUUGCAAGGGGUGCGGCAGCCAGGGAGGGAUGUUCAGGGCCUCACCCAACGGCCUACCGACCUCAGUAGGUCAUCGCACCCCCUCGACCCAGCAGCUUCUAGAGCCGCCCAGAAUCAGUCCCCUCAGGCGCAGGACCGGGCGACUCCCCCGCGGAGCCGUGCACAGGCAACCGGUCGCUCCUGCAGGUCGCCGAGGAAGACAGGGCCUCGCGCCCCACCUGUCCGCUCCUCCCGGAGGCCCCCGCGCCGCUGAGGCUGGCCCCUCGGCGCGAAGCCCUGUGUCCGCCGCCGCUUUGAUCCUGGGGGGCCCUGCUGGAUAAAAGUCUCUGGCGGCUCCGCGCCAGCGCCAGAGGGGGAGCGCAGCCGAGCCCGGCACACCAGCGGGGCGGCGCAGGGCGAGCUACGUUGAGAAGCCCGGGCCACUGGGCCGCCCGCGCUGGCCGCGGUGGCCGCAGACCCGAGCGGCAUGGCUGUGGGCCGAAGGGUGCGCGUGCUGCUGCUGCUGGGCCUGCUGCACUGGGUCGGGGGCGGCGAGGGCAGGAAGACCUGGCGGCGCCGCGGCCAGCAGCCGCCCCCACAGCCCCCGCAGCGGGCCGAGGCGGCGCCGGCGGCCGGACAGCCGGUGGAGAGCUUCCCGCUGGACUUCACGGCCGUGGAGGGCAACAUGGACAGCUUCAUGGCGCAGGUCAAAAGCCUGGCUCAGUCUCUGUACCCCUGCUCUGCGCAGCAGCUCAACGAGGACCUGCGCCUGCACCUCUUGCUCAACACGUCGGUGACCUGCAAUGACGGCAGCCCAGCCGGCUACUACCUGAAGGAGUCCAAGGGCAGUCGGCGGUGGCUGCUCUUUCUAGAAGGCGGUUGGUACUGCUUCAACCGGGAGAACUGCGACUCCAGAUACGACACCAUGCGGCGCCUCAUGAGCUCCAAAGAUUGGCCACACACUCGCACAGGCACGGGCAUCCUGUCCUCACAGCCAGAGGAGAACCCCCACUGGUGGAAUGCGAACAUGGUUUUUAUCCCCUACUGCUCCAGUGACGUUUGGAGUGGGGCUUCGUCUAAGUCUGAGAAGAACGAGUAUGCCUUCAUGGGUGCCCUCAUCAUCCAGGAGGUGGUGCGGGAGCUCCUAGGCAGAGGGCUGAGCGGAGCCAAGGUGCUGCUGCUGGCCGGGAGCAGUGCCGGGGGCACCGGGGUGCUGCUGAAUGUGGACCGGGUGGCUGAGCAGCUGGCAGAGCUGGGCUACCCAGCCAUCCAGGUGCGGGGCCUGGUGGACUCAGGCUGGUUUCUGGACAACAAGCAGUACCGCGGCACAGACUGCUUGGACACCGUCACCUGCGCACCCACGGAGGCCAUCCGCCGGGGCAUCAGGUACUGGAACGGGGUGGUCCCGGAGCGCUGCCGACGCCAGUUCCAGGAGGGUGAGGAGUGGAACUGCUUCUUUGGCUACAAAGUCUACCCAACUCUGCGCUGCCCUGUGUUCGUGGUGCAGUGGCUAUUUGACGAGGCCCAGCUGACUGUGGACAACGUACACCUCACAGGGCAGCCAGUACAGGAGGGCCAGUGGCUGUAUAUUCAGAAUGUGGGCCGUGAGCUGCGUGACACACUCAGAGAUGUGCCGGCCAGCUUUGCCCCAGCCUGCCUCUCCCAUGAGAUCAUCAUCCGGAGCCACUGGACAGAUGUCCAGGUGAAGGGUACCUCGCUGCCCCGUGCACUUCACUGCUGGGACAGGAGCCUCCACGACAGCCACAAGGCCAGCAGAGCCCCCUUGAAGGGCUGCCCUGUCCACCUGGUGGACAGCUGCCCCUGGCCCCACUGCAACCCCUCAUGCCCUACCAUCCGGGACCAGUUCACAGGGCAGGAGAUGAAUGUGGCCCAGUUCCUCAUGCAUAUGGGCUUCGAUGUGCAGACAGUCGCCCAGCAGCAGGGCCUGGAGCCCAGCAAGCUGCUAGGGAUGCUGAGCAGCGGAAGCUAAGGGGUCGCCUGGAGGAGGAGCUGCACCGCUCCCACCUCCACCCCACCAGCAGGCUCGUCUGUCUCCCUGACUGACCAGCCCAACCAUCCCGCAGCCUUCCCUGUCCCUCUUGCCCUGCCUUCAGGAGGCCAGAGCUGGGAACCUGCUGUCAACCUAGGUAUGACCUGCGGGUCUUUCUCAGCCCCACCUGCUCCCCUAUGCCUCCAGUGGUGGGCGGAGACAGGAGCAAAGCACUGAAUCCUCCCUCCACAGACUCCCCCAAUCCCUGCCCCAGCAGAUCAGACCCUUUUGUAUUAUUUUAUAAAAUGACUUUUUUUAUUACUUUAAAUUUUAUGAACAUAAGCAAGAAUUAUAUGAUGAAUGAUAUUGUUUUGUAACAUAUUUUUUUUAAUAAUGAAAAAAGACAACAAAAGAA